GAGGUCCCAGAUGUUGAAAACGGAAACAGGAAGUUUACAACUGACUAGCUACACAUUUAGGUCCAGUUUAUUAGUGGUGUUAGCAAAAAGUGUUGUACACAACAAAUAAACUAUGGUUUGCGACAAUUGUGAGAAGAAGCUGGGCAGGGUGAUAACUCCAGACACCUGGAAGGAUGGAGCAAGGAACACUACAGAGAGCGGUGGGCGGAAGCUGAAUGAGAACAAGGCUCUGACAUCUAAGAAGGCUAGGUUUGAUCCUUAUGGGAAGCCAGGAAAAUCAGGAAAGUCGGGCUUUGGCAUCUGCCGAAUCUGCAAGAGCUCUGUUCACCAAUCAGGAUCUCACUACUGCCAGGGCUGUGCCUACAAGAAAGGGAUCUGUGCCAUGUGUGGGAAGAAGGUUCUGGACACCAAGAACUACAAGCAGACCUCCGUCUGAUAGUCUUCUGACAGGCCACCAGUAUAACCAGAGAAAGAAGGGGAGGAGUGAGAAAGAAAAGGAGAGAAAGGGGAAGGAAGGUGGGCACAAGAAAUGACCGCUUUAUUUUGUAGCAGGCUUGCUUUGACCCCGUCUAAAUCUCUCGUAGCAGAGAUACAGUCAAAGGGUUCUUACUCUUUCCAGCUCUCUCUCGUGCGUGUGUGCGUGUGUGUGUGUGUGUGUGUGUGUGUGUGUGUGUGUGUGUGUGUGUGUGUGUGUGUGUGUGUGUGUGUGUGUGUGUGUGUGUGUGUGUGUGUGUGUGUGUGAUGGAGCCCUCCCUAUUGUACAGAUCCUAUAACCCUCCGCAAUAAGUGGCCAGUACUGUUCCACACACCAAAUCCGAGACUACUUUUAGUUUUUUAUACCUGGACAGAUGGUUUCUCUCCAGUCGUGUCAAACCUGCUCUGAUACAGGAGUUUCCUUUUAUCAAUUCAUUGGAAAUUAUAUCAAGUGUCAUGUUUUUGAGUGUAUUAAUAUAAUACAUAUGUAAUGGCAAUUAAAUUAUUAUUCAUCAACUUUGUUUUGUCUCAGACCAAAACAUUCUAACAAAUGUCUGUUUGUUGUACAUGGUCUUAUUCAAUAGGCUUGAAGACAAGUCACGACCCUGUUCUCUGUAUCGCUCGGUCACCUGUACACGCUGCAGUGAUUGGUUUACAACCUCUGACAUCAUCAUGAUGUGACACGGCAUGCUGUAACUUCCUGUGUGACCCAGGAUUCAGGUUAGAUGCCGUGUUCACGUGCUAGUCGGAGCUUGGAAACUCUGAAAUGUUCGACUUGCUAACUGGUUGAACGUGGCACGUGUACAAUGGCACGUGUACAACUUCAACCAGUUAGCAAGUCUGAAAUGUCAGAGUUCUGACUAGCAUGUGAACGCGGCAGGAGAACAGAGGUUGGCUGAGUCAUUGCAGCUGCCCACUGACAUUUAAAGGCACCGUCUCCCCUCAGGCUCUACCCCAGCAGACACACACCCAGCCCAUUACACAGAAACAAAGAGCCACUCUAUUGUGGUGAUCUAGUUUAAUUGAGAGAACACACAACAUAAUGAUGAUUCAUGAAAACAAAUGGCAGACAGAAUAAAACACUGUUAGACACAUACUAGGAAAUAUAGAUCUAGAACACGUGUUGGCUUAUAAACUGUAGAGAUGCUUUUGCUGACCAGUGCUGAAAUACACUUUUUUUCAAAUGUUGGUUACAGAUAUUUUCCUUUAUUUUACAUACAGAUGAAACAUUAUGGAGUCUUAACAGGCUAAUCUGCUGUUGGAAAAAUAACUUUCGGUAAAAAGAUGAGGGAUGGGGCUGGAUAAAUCAAACCGCUCUAAAAAUGUAUAGACCGAGCUAUGUAUGCAAGGACUGACCAUCCACGAUAUCACAAUUAUAGUUUUAAAAUAAAUCUUCAGGAUUGGUGGGUCCCCUGCGGGACGGUUGAGCUAAUGUAGGCUAUUGCGAUUAGCAUGGGGUUGUAAGUAACAAGAACAUUUCCCAGGACAUAGACAUAUCUGAUAUUGGCAGAAAGCUUAAAUUCAUGUUAUUCUAACUGUACUGUCCAAUUUACAGUUGCUAUUACAGUGAAAUAAUACCAUGCUAUUGUUUGAGAGUGCACAGUUUUGAACAUGAAAAGUUAUUAAUAAACAAAUUAGGCACAUUUGGACAAUCUUGACACAAAAGUUUGAACAGAAAUACAAUGGUUCAUUGGAUCAGUCUAAAACAUUGCACAUACACUGCUGCCAUCUAGUGGGGAAAAAAAUCUAAAUUGCACCUGGGCUGGAAUAAUACACUAUGGCCUUUCUCUUGCAUGAUCUUUUACCAGAUCUAAUGUGUUAUUGUCCUACAUUCUUUUCACAUUUCCACAAACUUCAAAGUGUUUCCUUUCAAAUGGUACCAAGAAUAUGCAUUUCCUUGCUUCAGGGCCUGAGCUACAGGCAGUUAGAUUUGGGUAUGUCAUUUAAUUAAGGUGAAAAUUGAAAAAAAGGGGGAGAUCCUUAAUAGGUUGUUUUGAGACUAUACAGUGUUUGUUUAUAUUUACAAACAUUGGAGUAGUAACUGCAGAUUGUCCCUUUUAAAAAGGGACAUUCCACCACUUUUCAACCUCAGUCAUUAUGUCUAUAAAUGAAAGGUUAUCAAACCCAUUCACAGGGUUGGUUAACUCUAGAGAUUCCUUUGGCUUUUAGAGUUAGGUAAAUCAGCCUUUAAUUUCCUUGCACCUUAAGUGUGGAAUGAUCUUACAUACAAUCCACUUCAAACUUGGAGGAAUUGAUACCUCUAGAGCAUUUCAGAUGGUUGUUCCGGAACCUUUUUACUGAAGAAUGUCUGUUUUUUUAUGAUUGUGUUUUUCUUUUUGUGUAUAAUAACAUUUAUUUAAUUGUUUUGUAGUUUAAUGUGUAUUGUUGUGCUAAACAGGGCUCAUCUGGAAAAGAGACCUCGGUUUUAACAUUGACUCCCUGUCAAAAGAAAGGUUAAGUAAAUUUAAAAAAAUACAAAUCUCCAGCACCAUACCAGUGUCUACAUAUGUGAAAACGGCUUGUUUCUACAUUCUGUAGGUAAAAUAAGAGGUCCUAAAAAAAGUGCAACUUGAUGACAGUAACUAGGUUCCACCCAAUCGGUGUGACAGAUUUUCAUGUGAAUAUUCAAAAAUAUGCAUAUAAAAAAAUAUGCACAUUUUCCCACCAGAUAUGUAUUUCCAUCAAAUGUACUUGUUGCGGAUAAAAGGCUGUGCAUGAUGACGUAGUGCACAUAAAAAUAACUUUUGCGGUUAAAUAUACAAGUUUAAAAAAAUACAAGUUAAAUGGGUUUCCAUUGCAUUUUCAACUCUACUGAUGCUUGUCACAAAACUGCUAGGUUAUAUCCGGUAUGUGCCCACUCUGGUCUUGACAGCCAAGCACUGAUCAUCAUAUCACAAGAAUAAGACUUGAUAUUUAAUAUAAAGGAGUGAAUUUCAUUACUUAUUUUAUCUGUAGCCUAAUAAAACUGCAUGAUUUCCUGAGACGUAGUGGGAUUACCACACAACAUAUUGCGUGACUCCAAAUUUACUUGAGAUAAUAUGGUUAUUCUAUCAAUAUUU